AUGGUUGUUCUCCAGCCCAAUGCCGGUCAUGGCUCGAGACUUAAGACCGCUCUCCAUCGUUCACAGCAAGCUCCUGCUAUUCUAGGCCAGGAAGGCACAGGAGGCUUACUAUCUCGGUGGUAUACUAUUUUGGACAAUGAUGGCUCGAAUGAUUUCGAUUCUUUGGAGAAGCUCUUCUUCUCAUGCCUUCAAUCUGCUGAUGACAAGAGCGCGCUGUUAUGCCUCGAGCGCCUAACCCACCGCUUUGGACCAUCCAAUGAAAGGAUAAUGGCACUGCGCAGCAUAUAUGAUGAAGCGAUCGCGGAGGACAAAUUGAGUUUAGAGAGAUGUCUGAAAAAAUACGAUGACAUUCUUUCGCAGAACCCCGUCAACAUGCCAAUUUUGAAACGUCGGAUUACCCUACUUAGGUCCUUGUCUCGGCCUACAGAGGCCAUUUCCAGCUUAAUACAACUGCUCGGUGCCACGCCAACAGAUGCCGAAGCUUGGUGUGAGCUUGCGGAGUUAUAUCACUCGCAGGGAAUGUGUCCACAAGCGAUAUUCAGCCUUGAGGAGGCGCUGUUAGGAGUGCCCCAUGCAUGGAAUGUUCACGCCCGCCUGGGUGAAAUCCUUUACAUAUACGCCGGCUCAUUGGAGGACGAGGCCAUGUGCCGACAGCUACAUUCAUCUAUCCGCCAUUUCUGCAGAAGUGUUGAGCUCUGCGAUGGCUACCUACGGGGAUUCUAUGGCUUGGCACUGGCCACAGCUCGUCUCUCGGUCGAUAAAGUCCCAGAAACAAUAUCGAAGGAUCCUCCACUGGGGAGAGAAUCCUUGCGGCGCCUUCAUGAUUUAGCAACGCAAAGGCUCAAGAACAUUCUUACAACGCAGUGUUCACUUGAGCCGCGUCUUCGGGAAUACGAAGAUCAUGAGCUUGCAGCUGUCAAAUGUCUUCUCAGCGGUUCUUCUGAAUGA